CAAGAAUUCCUUUUAUGGUGAUUCGAACUUUAGGUUUUUCUAAACAGUUUGGUCUCAAAGGUAAUUUAGUAAAUGUUCCCAUGAACGUCGACACAAAUGUUUCAAUAUUACCCAGAAGUUUUAGUGAUACUUACACGAUUCAAUUGAAACUGAUGAGACAAAUGAAAAAUAAAAAUGCUUUUAUGUAUGAAACAAUUCGACCAAAAGUCGUACACACAGCUGUUAAAUAUCUUGUUCAACAAGAACUUUAUAAAGAUGAAGGUAUUGUUAUAUCUAAUGAUUGGAUUAAAGAGUAUCUCAAUGAAAAAGAAACUUUCAUAGUCAAAAACGAUGAUAAAAAGUUUAAUCCGACUGAAAAUACGGAAGAAGAUUCCGAUCAUGACGAUAAUUGA